CCGCGUUUCUCUCCACGGGCUCGUCUGCGUACGUCGGAGACGGAGUCGAGUUAUCCACUUUGAAUAAAAAAAAAAAAAGGACUCCGUUUCUCUCCCCUCCCCUCCUCCUUGGUGUCCGCUUUCAAGUGAAUCAGUGAUGAGAGUGGCCGAGAGGACAGACAAACGCGUUUCUUCUAUGUGGAGCGGCGGUGCGCAAAAGUGCGCUCCGCGGCUCGGCGUCGUCCUCGUCCUCCUCAUCCUCCGCUCCUGAGAUCGACCCAAAAAACCAAGAGGCGCGCUGAGAUCGUCACCGAGCCGCCUGUGCGAGAUGUGCUGUGGACUGCCGAUGAUUUUCCCUCCUCCUCCAGUUCAAAUUCAAUGGCAGACAAAGACUGCAUUUCUCACCGCUCUUGUUCCCACUGAGCUAAGAAAGUCAGAUCUGCUCUGCAGCUAAACUGCCGUCUCUGUUCUUCCCUCUGACUGUUUGCCAGUAUUCACUCGUCAGUUCGUUGCCAUGGCUUGUCUUCUGACAUCAGCCCUCCUUCUGGUUCUCCAAACAUAUGCUGCCCCACCUGAGUUUGUCCAGGCAGGAUUUGGAAUAACACUGGACCCCGUGGACCUUUACCCUGCCGUACCAGCCAACGUCUCCGGAGAUGUCGCCUCAACUCCACCCCCGGGAACGAGCAAACGAGCCCCGCACAGCAUCAUCAUUGGGGUGCGCAAAGGAGGAACGAGGGCGCUAUUGGAGAUGCUGGACAUUCACCCCGAGGUUGCUGUUGCUGCCACCGAGGUCCACUUCUUUGACUGGGAUGAGAACUACGCCAAGGGUUUUGAGUGGUACCGUGACUUGAUGCCCUACUCUUACCCGCACCAGAUCACAGUAGAGAAAACCCCAGGUUACUUUACUUCAGCCCUUGCACCAGAACGCAUCUGUGCCAUGAAUUCAUCUAUCAAGCUGCUUCUGAUCUUGCGAGACCCGGCCGAGAGGGUCAUCUCUGACUACACCCAGGUCUACUUCAACCGACUGGAGAACCACAAGCCGGUGCAGGCCAUCGAGAACCUGCUAGUGCGGAACGGGGCCCUCAACAUCCGGUACAAGGCCAUUCAGAGGAGUCUGUACGAUAUCCACAUGCGCAACUGGCUUCGCCACUUCCCCCUGGAACAGAUACACAUAGUGGAUGGGGAUGCCCUGAUUCGCGAUCCUCUCCCAGAGCUUCAGAAGGUGGAGCGGUUCCUCAACUUGCCGCCCAGGAUAGUAUCCUCCAACUUCUACUUCAACCAGACCAAGGGGUUUUACUGUAUCCGAAGCGACGGCCGAGAGCGCUGUCUUCAUGAAUCGAAGGGGCGUCCCCACCCUGCCGUUAACGGCACUGUACUCCAGCAGCUUCGCUCGUACCUACAGGAACACAACCGAACCUUCUUCAGGCUGGUGAAGCGCACCUUCGACUGGCAAUAAGAGACGCACACUGGACUCAUCAGAGCCACUACCUUGUCUGUGAUGAGGACAAAAAAAAGGGGGGGAGCUAUAAAGCACUUUACAGACAAUUUAAAGCCCCCUUUGAAUAGCCUCGUAAUGCUGUUGUAAUCUCUGGUUUCAGCAGAGCAGUUCUAUAUUUACAUGAUUAAAGGGGGAAAAAUAUGAGAACCUGUAACUAGAGGCGUAAGAUUAUAAGAUUAAAUGGAAGAACCUCCAAGCUUAAGUCAUUCUGUCUGUGCUGGAAGCGUUUAAGUGGUCAAAUUGCAGUGAAAACAAGUUUAUGAAACUGAUUAACUUUUUCCCCCCUCUCUCUUGUUUGAUAUUCUUGUUCUUGAUAAUAAAUCGUUCUGCUUUCAAAUCUA